ACAGAAACAACAAAAGAGGAUAUCACGGCCUAGCAUGAUGUCACCGACUGUGGAAGAGCAGCUCUUGGUAAACGGCAACGGGACUCCCAGUUUCGUAUUGACAUCCGAAGGUGCUUCGCAGGGUUCUGACCAAAACAAAAGCCAGUGUUCGUCGCUGUCGGACGUUGAGAAUUACGAAUGGAACGGCGGAAACAGCGAAGCCCCAGAAGACCAUCCGGAGACGCUAGCAUUCAACGGAAACAGCGUAGCCAGUGAAGCGAGAAAUGCGGCAAUAAACAGAAACACAUGGUUGCGGACGAGCCUAAGAAGGUCUUCGCCAGUACACCAAGAGAAUCUUUCUAAUAGAAGAUGGGGGUCAUUCAGGCACAAUGGUCGUCGUCAACUUGGAUCGAACGCGCUAGCAAGUCAGCUGUACAGAAGUUCGAGUUUCAAUUCUUCAGGUAGAAGCAGCACAUGCGAUACCACUGAUGAUAUGUAUUCAGAUGCUUCUUUGGAAGAGGACGUCCACGAUUUACAUCAUAAAUUUCAGGCCCUUCAGAAUCAGGUGGGAGUUUUACAGGACUCAGCAAACCAGCACGACGAAAGGUAUACGAGGGCGAAAUCGGAGAAUGCAGCCCUUCAAGCGAGGGUGCUCAUGUUGGAGGAGCAGGUCCGAGAAACUGAAAUUCGAUAUGAGGAAAAGUUGCAGGACGAGCAGAGAAGAACGAAGGAACUAGUAGCCCGCUUGGAGAGGGAAAAACAAUUGCUGUUGGAGAACGCGAGCAUCCGGUUGCAUGGCUCCGAGGCGGAGUGUUCUAACCUCAAAGAGGAGGUGGCAAGGCAGAGGACACAUUUUGAGAAAAUUGAGGUGCAACGGCAGAAUCUGAUGGAGCAGGCUCAGGAUCUGGCGAGCGAGGCGCAACACGCGAAAGAAGAGGUUAAAAUGAUGAAGGAUCAAGAAAUUAGACUGAAACGCGAGUUUGAAGCUCAACUCCACCUCGCCGACGACCUCUCCAAAGAGCUCGAACGGCUACGCAACGACGCCCGCACCCCCGCCUUACCCACCACCUCCCCAGCCGCCCUCCGGCUCGAGGAGCUGCACGAGGAGAUGGGGGCGGUGCGCGAAGAGAACUCCAGGCUGCUGGAGGAGAACGCCAGACUGGCCGAAGCCAACGACGAGCUGCAGGCCAGUUUGGUGCACGCCGGCUUGGAGACGGGGAGGAUUUUGUCCCUUGGGGAAAAGAGUCUUGCUGCCGAGUUGGACGUCAUGUCUCAGGACGAGGUACAUCAAGCAUUGAAAGAACAACAAGAGGUGAACAGGCAGCUUAGGACUUACAUCGAGGGUAUUUUACUCAAUAUAGUGGAAAACCAUCCACAAUUGUUGGAAGUGAAACAUCGACCCGUUUGA